AUGUGUACCGAAACCAUUGCCCUCUGCGAAAGCUGCGGCCUCCACAGACACAUGCACUACCACCGCUGCACAGCGUGGCUCUGGUCCUACCGCCAAAUCAAAUGGACCUUCACCACCCCUCUCUCCUCGACCCCGAAACCCAAAAACUGCCCCUUCCUCGACGGCGAGGUCAAGACCGAGAUCCUCCCGGGCAGGUGUCCCAACGCGACGUGUCCAGGCCACAAGCUGAAAGACGCCCUCGACUCACAGGCGGCCGCGGACAGGACGUUGGACAGAAGAACGGACGAGCAGAAGAUUGACGCGCAGAGGAUCAAGAUGGGGCUUAAGAGGCGACCCGGGCCGGUGCAGGCGUUCCGGGAGCCGUUGGAGGUCGGGAGACCGCAUCAGAAUCGGGUGCCGGUUGUGAUUACGGAUGGGAGGCCCGAUGAGGGACUGGGAGUUGUGAGAGGACGGGGGAAGCGGGUGGAGGGGAUGGGGAUGGCGGAGAUGGAGACGGAGGGUGAGGGGGCUAUGGGGGCUCUGUCGCCGGGUCCUGCUGCUAGGGUGCCUGUGAGGAGACAUAGGACGUUCCAUGGUCCGAUGAUGAGGCCGCAUUGA